GGGGAGGGAAGCCAGGCUCCCAGAGGGCCCCAGUGAGUCACCAGCCUGAUGUAAUCCUUUUAAAGGGCUCAUCUGCUGGUGCAAGAAGCUGAUUCAUGGAGGGCGUGGUUGCUGGAGGAGGAGAAAGGGACCGAAACUGCAGCAGGACGGACUGAGGUUAGAUGACUGGAAGCGUUAAUAGGAACUUUUCACUGUAAACCUCCCUAGGCAAAACGCCAGAGAUCUCCAGGUUGAAGAUACCCAUCCUCUGGUUUUCUACAAAGGACAGGGGCCUAGAAGGGAAUGAAUUGCGAGGGUUGCGACUGGAAUUCCUGUAAUUUAUUGAGCCUGACUGCAGCGCUCUCCGCAGAGCUCCAGAAACCGAGAAAUGGGGAUCAAGGAAGACCCACUUUUCAGAUAAAUACACUAAAAUUGGCCAUCUUCCAACUGCUCGAGACCUCUCCAACCCCGGCAGAGCAAGUGCAGGGCACGCGAGAUUUCGGCUCAUACCCCAAGCUCAACCAAUCAGCAAUCUGAUUCUGGCCCCUUGCGUGAAGGCUUCCGCCCGUUGUCAAGAUGGCGCUCAACCGAGCCGAGAAUGAAGCGGAGAGCAUCAGACAGAGGAGCUGGGGAAACGUCGGCCAGGGCGAAGGCUCUAGGAAGUGGCAUAUCCGGAAGUAAUGCAAAGAGAGCUGGACCGUUCAUCCUUGGUCCCCGUCUGGGCAAUUCACCAGUGCCCAGCAUUGUGCAGUGUUUGGCCAGGAAGGAUGGCACGGAUGACUUCUAUCAGCUGAAGAUUCUUACCCUUGAGGAAAGGGGAGACCAAGGAAUAGAAAGCCAAGAGGAAAGGCAAGGCAAGAUGCUGCUACACACCGAGUACUCUCUGCUUUCCCUCCUCCACACGCAGGACGGCGUGGUCCACCACCACGGCCUCUUCCAGGACCGCACCUGUGAAGUUGUUGAGGACACAGAAUCCAGCCGAAUGGUUAAGAAAAUGAAAAAGCGCAUCUGCCUCGUCCUCGACUGCCUCUGUGCACACGACUUCAGCGACAAGACCGCCGACCUGAUCAACCUGCAGCAUUACGUCAUCAAGGAGAAGAGGCUCAGCGAGCGGGAGACGGUGGUCAUCUUCUACGAUGUGGUACGAGUGGUGGAAGCCCUGCACCAGAAAAAUAUUGUGCACAGAGACCUGAAGCUUGGAAACAUGGUGCUCAAUAAGAGGACACAUCGGAUAACUAUCACCAACUUCUGCCUCGGGAAGCAUCUCGUGAGCGAGGGGGACCUUCUGAAGGACCAGAGGGGGAGCCCCGCCUACAUCAGUCCGGACGUGCUCAGCGGCCGGCCAUACCGGGGCAAGCCGAGCGACAUGUGGGCCCUGGGCGUGGUGCUCUUCACCAUGCUGUACGGCCAGUUCCCCUUCUACGACAGCAUCCCACAAGAGCUCUUCCGCAAGAUCAAGGCCGCCGAGUACACCAUCCCUGAGGAUGGGCGGGUUUCCGAGAACACCGUGUGUCUCAUCCGGAAACUGCUGGUCCUCGACCCCCAGCAGCGCCUCGCCGCCACCGAUGUCCUGGAGGCCCUCAGUGCCAUCAUUGCAUCUUGGCAGUCCCUGUCGUCUCUGAGUGGGCCUUUGCAAGUGGUUCCAGACAUCGAUGACCAAAUGAGCAAUGCUGACAGCUCCCAGGAGGCGAAGGUGACUGAGGAGUGCUCCCAGUACGAGUUUGAGAGCUACAUGCGGCAGCAGCUGCUGCUGGCUGAGGAGAAGAGCUCCAUUCACGAGGCCCGGAGCUGGGUACCCAAGCGGCAGUUUGGCGGCGUGCCACCGGUGCGACGGCUGGGCCACGACGCGCAGCCCAUGAACCCGUUGGACGCGGCCAUCCUGGCGCAGCGCUACCUGCGGAAAUAGCCACCUCAGCCAGGGCCACCAGCACCACCUGCCGCCUCUUCCUGGCCCCCAGCCGGAGGCCCAGCCGUUGGAGCUGGGCCUUGUAGCAUUGGACUCUCCCCCUGGCUGUGACAGGGAGGGGGACAGGGACAGGGACAGUCCAGGUCACAGACUGGGUCAGCAGAGGUACCACGAGGCUACCUUUCGGAAUGAUUGCGUGAUUGUUUGGUUUUUAAUCUGAGAAGCCUAGAUAACUAAUCUGCUUUUAAUCAUGACGUUUUAAUCUACCUCUGUCUCUUUAACCAUGCUGUCUCUGGACUGAGUGAGAGGGAGGAGGAGGAAGCCCACCUGCCCAGCCAGGGGCCCAACCCAGCCGCCUAGCCCAGGGCAGCUGCUCCCCACAGUCCAGAUAAGCUGAACGUGCCGCUCGCUGCUGGCUCCCAAAGUGAUGCCCACUCCCUAGAGUGCCCCCCCACCAUCUUUGCUUUCCUCCCUCCCUCCCUUUUCCCCACUUCUGGUCCCAGAACCCUCGGUCCAAGCUUCGGAAAACAUUCACCUCAUCUUAAGCCGAAUUCAAAUAUAUUUAUUUUUUUACUGAAACCAACUUCUCUCCCGUCGCUAGGUGGCCCAAGGCUGCUCCCCACACCAGCCUGGCUGGGCAGCAUGGGGUGUCUGACGCACAGCCCCAGAUGGGUUC